AUGCCAGAGCGACUCCCUGAAAACUUCGACGUGUUGUCAGAUCCUAGGUUCUGGACAUCUGAAAAGGCAUCCACUUUCGAUGCGGAUCCGAUCUACUCGUACUCGGAGUAUGUCGACAAAUUGGGCGACCUGGACCCUCCUUCGCCAAUUUCCACAGAACCACCAUCAGCAGAAACAUCAGGAGACUUUACCUCUCUUUUUUCACCUGCCGAAUUAAUAACACCUUCGACGGCGCUGUCAGCUCCAUCUUCUCCUCGGGAUAUUGCAUCGAGGUUCAACACACAUGAGGAUAAGAGACAUCGCUGUACCUAUUUGGGCUGUCCUAUGAGCUACAAACGAACCUCUGAGCUACUACACCACUAUCGGCACCAUAUUAAUAAGAGAGCAUAUGAUUGCAAUGUACUUGGAUGCAACAGACGUAAUGGGAAUGGUUUCUCCAGAAAGGAUCACCUCAGGCAGCACCUGAGAAAAGCCCAUGCAAUGAAUUUGAAGCCGACGAACGAGAGCAUGAUGAUGUACGACACCAACCGGACAGAUAGAGGGACUUUUGAUAAACACCAUUCUACUCCGAGGGCUUGUCCGCCAGAGACCGCGAUGGUCGAUCAAGUCCUUUGGACAGGUGUGGACUUCAUGUCCGAGCAAUAUCAAGGCCAAAAAAGCGAGUCGACAAGGCCCUUUCCUGACUCCAUAGCAGUUUCGACUGAGAAAGGUUCUUCGAUACUUUCUUCUAAUACCACAGAUGCAUUUAAAGUAACGGAACGACAUCAACUCAAACCAGAACCUUAUUCACAAUGUCUUAAGCCAGAUCAAAAUUCCAGCACCUUAGACGCCCAGGAAAGUCGGUCCAGCAGGAGUAAACGACAUCCGUUAGGUGGAACGAUAUUUGUAAUGUCGGAACAAGACCAGAGUCUGGAGCAGCAAGGAAUGGCAGACGGAAACGAGAACGUGGGAAGUCCCGAAAUGAUUGAGGCCCAAGACGAUAAAUGGAAAGAGCUCCCUAUUGCUAGAGAACAAACAACGCCGUGCGGCGAAAACAUUCUUUCGAAUACAGCACCUGGAAUUCUGGCGGACCAAUCGAAUUCCGUUGAGAGCCCCAGCGAAAAGUUCUUGGAUGACCUCUUCCAAGAAUGUGGUGAUCAGAUUUCUUCAUCUCCUGCCUCGUCUUUCAUCUCUCACGCGAGCGAGAAUACACAGUCCUCGUCCAGCUCCCCGCCAAAUGUUUCAACGCCCUCUACUUCCUCAACGAGUAAACGUGGAGCUCCUAGAAAGAGGGCAGAAAAGAAUGACGAGGAGGAGAAUAAUGGUGAGAACCGAGGAUACAAGAAACCUAAGCUUGAUCCAACUCGGGAUCCACACCGUUGCAAAAUUACAGGUCGGAGGCUUGCCUGUCCUUUCCACAUAUUCGAUUCGGAAAAUUAUUGCAAGAACGGCACCACGGGGGCCAAAUACAAUACCUGUUCAGGUCCAGGGUUCUCAGAGUGGCAUUAUUUAAAACAACACUUAGGGAAGUCCCAAAGCGCAGUACACAUCAAGAUUCGAUGUCCUCAUUGUCUCGCACCUUUUAAGACCGCUACUGCUGUCCUACAGCAUUUGGAGUCUCAGUCCUCAGAAUGCUCACAGGACCAAACUCAUCUUGCCGAAGACGAUAUUGAUAAAGACACGUGGAAUAAGAUAGAUCAAGAAGUUUCGAGGCAAGGGUUCGCAGGACUUCCACAGCUGGUUCGCCAAUCGAUUGACGAUCUGGUCUCAAGGAACCUGGACGCCUACGCCCCAGAGAAGUCGAUCGAGACUCGCAAGACUGAACUGAGGAAGUGGUACAUGGUAUGGAAGAUACUGUUCCCCGGGACUAGUUGCCCACGACAUCCAUUUUAUGAUGACGAGUCUUCCAUGUCAAUGACCAAGACGGGUCGUCUUGUCAAGACUUUCAAAGAAACGGUUAAUUCUACGAUCGAAGCAGGGGAGAUUGAGUGGAUCGACGACGAGACCUUGGAAAAGUUGCAGGAGUGUUUGCGAACCGCUAUACAAACCUCAUCUAGAAUCAACCAAGAGCCACUAAGCGUUCAAUUGCCCAAUUCAUCCCCAUCUCCCCAACCACUUCCGGUGCCAAACUUCGGGACUAUGGAGGAUACCAGAACGACCAACCUUCCGUCUCCUUACAGAACUUCCUCUAGCUUCACAUCUCCAACGAUUCCGCGACAAUCCUUUGGCAAUAGCACAACUCUACAAAGGAGCGGUCAUAAUGAACUGAUUGUUUUUCCGGAGGCUCAACAUUCUCGAUCUAAUCCUUUCAACACCCACGGUCAAAUUAAUGUCGAGAAUCAGAUCAACAGUUUUGACGUCAACUCUACAGCGAAUGACAGUCACGUUAACCUUAAUGGCGCAGACUGGGAUCGAAUGCUGAGGGAGCUAGAGUGGGGUCGAAUGCUGAGGGAGCUAGAGUGGGAUCCUGCGUGGGACAACCUCGUGCAACUCAAUGGUCCCACUGCUAGGAACACCCAAUCGGCUGGCGAUGUACUACCGUUGCAUGAUCAGGACGAUUGGGCUGCACCGCUCUUCGAAGAUCAGGGGCCUGCAAGCGAGGCGAAUAGGGGGGACCGCGGAUAA